AUGCAAAUUCAAGCAUUCUACGGCUUUCAGGAGUUGAAGCUCUCAUGGGACUAUGCCUCGGCCCUCUCAAUGGUAAUGAAGGAGAACAGCUUUCAAUCAGACAACGGAAUGAGCGCAUUCUCGAAAGCGUUUCAGACGAACUUGGAGUCGUUCGACUACUACUACCAGAAGGAGCCAGAGCGCGGCCGACGCUUCUCCCUUGCAAUGACACCUUUUACCGUCUCCUACGCAUCCAGUCUAACCCUAUAUCCUUUUCAAGAUCUGCGACCUGGCGCUCUAGUCGUUGAUGUAGGUGGAGGCAGUGGACAUGUUUCCAGUGAAAUCGCAAAAGCAAACCCGCAUCUUAACUUUGUCGUACAAGACUACGAGGAACCCAUUUCGCUCGGAAGAGCGACUUACAAAGAGUCUGGAUUACCCAUCGAGUGGCAGGUGCAUAACGCAUUUCAAACACAGCCUGUGAAAGGUGCUGAUGUGUAUUUCAUGCGACGUGUGUUGCAUGAUCACUCGGACACUGUUGCAGCUGAUGUUUUGAGGAUGACAGCUGGGGCCAUGGACAAUGCGUCUCGAAUCUUGAUCGAAGACAUGAUUGCUCCAGAUUUAUAUGGUGAAGACAGCGACUGGUUCACUAACCAAGCAGACAUCGUUAUGAUGAUGAUGCAUAAUGCUAAAGAGCGAACUCUUGCGCAAUGGGACGCCUUAGUCAAGAAGGCGGAUGAAAGACUGAAAAUUGUUAAGGUUUGGAACGGUGCUGGGGACUUUAAAGGGAACAGUGCCAUAAUUGAAGUCACCUUAAACCUAUAG